AUGAAAUUUAGUACUUUAGCAACUGCAGCAGUUCCCAUUGCUGCUGCUUCAGCUUUGGUUAUCCCUCAUGAUGUUGACACGAUUGAGGCUUUCAAGCAUAACAGAAAAGCCGAAUUGUCGCAUAAGAUUGCCAACUCAAAGGUCGGAAAGACUGUUAGUGAGAUCAUUGAUCAUGUCAAGGCCGUUAUUGAUGAUGAUAAGCCUGUCCCUUUUGUCACUUCUUCUACUGCUUCACAGAACUUGAUUGAGGACUCAUACAUCGUCGUUUUCAAGGAGGACUUGGAUAUUAAGGAAAUCGCUGAUCAUCAUUUGUUUGUAGAUUCUGUUCACCUCAACAAUAUCCAGGAAUUGAUGAACGUGCCCUCUGGCACUGAGCAACAUCCAUUGAUCAAGUCAGGCGAUCAUGGAUUGAAGCACAUGUUUGACUUUGGCAAGGAAUUGAGGGGAUACUCUGGUAAAUUCCACCCUGACACUGUUGAUGCUAUUAGAAGACACCCAGCUGUCGCUUAUGUCGAACAUGACUCUAGAGUUUUUGCUAAUGAGCUUGAGGUUGAGAAGAGUGCUCCUUGGGGUCUCGCUCGUGUUUCACAUCGUGAACCCUUGAGCUUGGGUUCAUUCAACAAGUAUCUCUACGACGGUGAAGGUGGUGAGGGUGUUACUGCUUAUGUUGUCGACACUGGUACCAAUAUCAACCACGUUGAUUUUGAAGGCAGAGCCAAGUGGGGCAAGACCAUUCCUCAAAACGAUGUUGAUGAGGAUGGAAAUGGCCACGGAUCUCACUGUUCUGGUACUAUUGCUGGCAAGAAAUACGGUGUUGCCAAGAAGGCCAAUGUUGUGGCUGUCAAGGUUUUGGGCAGCAACGGAUCCGGUAGCAUGUCUGAUGUUAUCAAGGGUGUCGAGUUUGUUGCUGCUGGUCACAUUCGUGACAAGGGUAAGAAGGGAUACAAGGGCACUACUGCUAAUAUGUCACUUGGUGGUGGAAAGUCGCCCUCUUUGGACUUAGCGGUUAACGCCGCUGUUCGUGCUGGUGUUCAUUUUGCCGUUGCUGCUGGUAAUGACAAUGCUGAUGCUUGUAAUUACUCACCAGCUGCUGCAGAGAAUGCUGUUACUGUAGGUGCUACUGCUUUGGGUGAUGACCGUGCAUACUUUUCCAACUAUGGUGAGUGUGUAGACAUUUUUGGACCUGGUGUCAAUAUUCUGUCGACCUACACUGGUUCUCCUCAUGCUGUUGCCACUUUGUCAGGUACUUCGAUGGCUUCGCCUCAUAUUGCUGGUUUGUUAACAUACUUCUUGUCUCUUCAACCCGCCACCGACUCUGACUUUGCUACUGCUGGUGCUGUAACUCCUGCGCAACUGAAGAAGAACUUGAUUGCUUAUGGUACUAAAGACAUUCUCACUGAUCUUGAUGAGAAGUCACCCAACGUUCUUGCUUACAAUGGGGGUGGCCAGAACAUCAGCUCGUUCUGGGCUGCUUCUGCUGAUGAGAUGACAUAUGAAGUCGACUCAGAGGGAACAUACAACAUUCUCCCUAUUGUGAUGGAGAUCAAGGACGAGUUGGGGAAUGCCUUUAGCCACAGGUUUAACAAUGUUAUUAUCUGA